UCCUUUAAACACGUCUUUAUUUAAUUUUUUUUUUAUUCUCACACAAUUUGUGUAGUCGAUAAAAAUGAUUUCAAAUAGUUCAUAUCCUAAUCAUAACAUUCAGCUGCAUUACCGAUAGAGUUCAAUUAUUCGCGCUAUUACAAUUGUUUUCAUUUCUAAUAGAUGCUUUCACGUCAGGGUUAUUGAAAUAGUAGUAACAUACAAUAAUAAUAAAUCAAUAUUACGAUAAAAAUAAAUAAUAAUAAUUUUUUUGAUACAUUUUAUCACUCUUUUUAGAAAUAAAUAAUUUAUUUUAAACCUCAGCUUUCUUUAGACAUUAUAAUGUCGAAUAUAUUAUUUGAAAUAUCAUUAAAAAUUAUUUGAUAGAAUUUUCGCAUUGUUAUUUGAAAACAAGAUUGAUUAUAUGUACUGUCAUGAAAUACAAAGUGCAAGCAUGUGUUUAAUUAUUUCUGUCAAAUCUUUUAACUUCAUGUUUGGAUCUUCUUUGAUAAAAUGUUGAAAUGAACAUCACAUCAAUAGAAAAAGCAUGCCAACAAAGAAAUAGAUACUCGUGGCAGAGCUGUCAAAACCAACAAAAAAGCUGAUACCCAGUGCGAUAUGUGUGGACAAGCAUUUGAUUCAAUCACCGCAACUAUAAGGCAUAGAUUUAAAGUCCAUCCCAAUUCACCAACAAAAUUUUAUUGUCAUUACUGUGGAAUGCAGUUUCCUUUAAAAACACACAGGGAUAAUCACCAAGCAUCACAUGAUUCAUCUGAAAGUGAAAGGAAAGAACAACACAGGAAGUGUGAAGACUGUGAUGUAUUAUUCUACAAUGAAAAAGCUUUAGAUUAUCACUAUCGUUCUAUACAUAAGAGAAUGGUACAUCUUUUCAAACCAAUUGCAACACCACCUCCUAGCAAUAAAAUUAAAGUGAAUUCCAUGAACGAUGCUCUCAGUGUAUAUUAUUGCCAUUUAUGUGGUGCUGAGUAUGUUAUAAAAUUCAAUUUACAACAACAUUUGGAACGGGCUCAUACUCAAGAAGAGAGAGAAGCUGUCCCAGAAGACUUAAUAAAAUGCACAGUAUGUGCUGCCUUAUUCUGUAGUAAAAGAGCAUAUGAAGUGCAUAACAGCUAUCACCAACCAGAUGAUUUAUAUGUAACAUCAGAGGAGCAAAGAUUACAAACAGUAACUAAAGUAGAUCAAGAUUUUGACAUUAGACGAGUAGAAGGUGUAGCUGAUAAGUAUGUCCCAAAAGUUAAUGCACCCAAAAGGCCUGCCAACAAUGGCAAAAAAAUCAAAAAGAUACAGAAAAUAGAAGUCAAAGAUACAGAAGAUUAUCACUCUUCUGAUGAUGAUUCAGAAGGAUGUAUUCCAACUAAUGAAUCCAGUGAUCCCGAAAGUGAUCUUCCAUUAAAACAAAGGAUUUGUAGCUAACAGAGGUCUAUUAUUGUUUAUAAAGUAUUUCUACAUAUUUGAAAGUUUCCAAAUAUCGCAACUGUGUUAAAAUUAUUGUUUUAAAGUUUAUGGAUGUGUAAGACAUAAUUGUAGAUGAUAAUCUCUAUAUUAGUAUUUUUUUAUUAAUA